CUUGAUUCCUCUAGCCCAGCUCGGGCACCCGCGGCUGCUGCUUUGCUGCCACCGCUGCCGUCUCGGCCGCCGCCUCACAAAGGGGCGAGUGGAGGGGAGGUGGCGCGGUCCGCGGGCACAGGCGCCGGUGCGCAAGGCGCGGGCCUCCUUGCCGCCAAGGCCGGGAGACAAAAGGGGAACUGCCUCUGUUCGCCGUGCGGGCUGGGAGCAGCCUGCUCGUCCGCCUCCUGCCCGGCUCCGCGAGUCUCCUCCCCCAUCCCUCGGCUGCUGCUCCUCCUCCCUCCCCGCGGGCUGUUCCCGCAGUGCUCCGGGACCCGGCGAGCCUUCGGGGCGCGCGUCGCUGCUGGUGGUUGGGGCUGUAGCGAUAAUAAAUGAUAGAGGAUACAAUGACUUUGCUGUCUCUGCUGGGUCGCAUCAUGCGCUACUUCUUGCUGAGACCCGAGACGCUCUUCCUGCUGUGCAUCAGCUUGGCACUGUGGAGUUACUUCUUCCACACGGACGAGGUGAAGACCAUCGUCAAGUCCAGCCGGGACGCCGUGAAGAUGGUGAAGGGCAAGGUGGCCGAGAUCAUGCAGAACGAUCGGCUCGGGGGGCUCGACGUCCUGGAGGCCGAGUUUUCCAAGACCUGGGAGUUUAAGAGCCACAACGUGGCUGUGUAUUCCAUCCAGGGCCGGAGAGACCACAUGGAGGACCGAUUUGAAGUUCUUACGGACCUAGCGAACAAGACGCACCCGUCCAUCUUCGGGAUCUUUGACGGACACGGGGGUGAGACUGCAGCUGAAUAUGUAAAAUCGAGACUCCCAGAGGCCCUUAAACAGCAUCUUCAGGACUACGAGAAGGACAAAGAAAAUAGUGUUCUGUCUUACCAGACCAUCCUUGAACAGCAGAUUCUGUCAAUUGACCGAGAAAUGCUAGAAAAAUUGACUGUAUCCUAUGAUGAAGCAGGUACAACGUGUCUGAUUGCUCUACUGUCAGAUAAGGACCUCACGGUGGCCAAUGUGGGUGACUCGAGAGGGGUCCUGUGUGACAAGGACGGGAACGCCAUUCCUCUGUCUCAUGAUCACAAGCCUUACCAACUGAAGGAGAGAAAGAGAAUAAAGAGAGCUGGUGGUUUUAUCAGUUUCAAUGGCUCCUGGAGGGUCCAGGGAAUCCUGGCCAUGUCUCGGUCCCUGGGGGAUUAUCCACUGAAAAAUCUCAAUGUGGUCAUCCCAGACCCAGAUAUCCUGACCUUUGACCUGGACAAGCUCCAGCCCGAGUUCAUGAUCUUGGCAUCAGAUGGCCUCUGGGAUGCUUUCAGCAAUGAAGAAGCUGUUCGAUUCAUCAAGGAGCGCUUGGAUGAACCUCACUUUGGGGCUAAGAGCAUAGUUUUACAGUCAUUUUACAGAGGCUGCCCUGACAAUAUAACGGUCAUGGUGGUGAAGUUCAGGAAUAGCAGCAAAACGGAAGAGCAGUGAACCCUUCCGAGUCUCGGCUUCCCUUGCCUAAAGGACUCUCAACACACUGGUCUCUUCUAAUGUAGUGAAAGUGUGGGAGUUACAGUUAGGAUCAGCCACCUAGACGUGGGAUUCCCCGCCCUGGUGGGCAUAGGUCUAUAUGCGGUAAUGAACAGAGGGUGCUCUUGGCCCACGUAGCUGAGAGGCUGAAAAAUGGUUUCUUCAUGUGUUCCCAAUUCUUUCCUCCGAUGUUCAAAAUAUAUAAAUAUGUAGUUGUAGAUUCACAAGUAUGACAUGAACGGCACAUGUGCCAUAUAUUCUCCCCUUUGGGAUUCUUUUCAAGACCUCUUUCAGGAUUCUCCAGGCAUCAGACUCUGUCCUGUCUUUGGAGUGGUGCACAGAGCAGGCCUCCAGAGCUGCAGGGGACGGGCUACCGCGGCCCCUGUGAGUCUGGGUGGACAGGCCGAUGCCCGCUGCUGAGAGGCAGAGCUAUCCUGAGAGGGAUUUGUCCUCCUGAGCCCAGCUUUUCUGCUCAGCAGCAGCCCAGACACAGAUGUGAAAUGGUUUAUUAUUCCGUGGCCGCUUUUGGAGACGGGGGGAAGUGGGAGGAUGAGAGCCGCCUGCACAGCAGACAUAACCUUUUCCCCUGGCUUCCUUUCUUACUUAAAUAGACUCUGUGUGCCACCUGACCUGUCUU